CAAGACACUUCAUCCUGAUAUUUCAGCAGAGAUCGUGAGGGAUACGAAGCGAAUCAGGGGAAAACAAAAAGGCUCUCUCCCGACGCCCCCUCUUCACGAUUCCGAAUCGACGACAAAUCUUCUCUCAGUACCGCAACAGUAAGGAGAUAUGGAGCAGAAUGAGACGGGAUGCCACGCCCCCCAUGAAGGCCCAAUUUUGUGCAUCAACAACUGUGGCUUCUUUGGUAGUGCAGCAAACAUGAACAUGUGCUCCAAGUGUUACAAAGACAUGGUGUUGAAACAAGAACAAGCCAACCUUGCGGCAUUGUCAUUUGAAAAUCUUGUUAAUGGGACGACAAGUGGCGACAAGGAGAGACCACAUGCCCAUGUUGCCUCUGCAGACGUGCUUGUUGAAGCUGUGACAGUUUCAAUGCCCUCAUCCCUUACUCUGUGCUCAGGUGAGUCCCCGGACCUUGUUAAGGCUAAAGACGGUCCUAGCCGUUGUGCCAGUUGCAAGAAGCGGGUUGGCCUGACUGGAUUCAAGUGCCGCUGUGGUGGCAUUUUCUGUGGCUCGCACCGCUACUCUGACAAACAUGAUUGCCUGUUUGACUAUCGCUCUGCAGCACGUGAUGCAAUAUCUAAGGCCAACCCUGUCAUCAAGGCCGAAAAGCUGGAUAAGAUCUAAACAUGUUCCUCGGUAUUCAUGCUUAUUUUAUCAUGGAAGACUGUUUAGUGGUAUUAGUAUUCAGGUCCAUAUUGCUUGUUUGAUUUAUAUUAUUUUGACUAGGUUUAUUACGUGUCAUUCAGCUUCACUUGCAUUCAUUCUAUCUCAGGCAGUCGUCAUCCUAUCUAAGUGGUCAGUGGAUUGUGCUUUGUCACUGAUGAUGGCGCUUUGAGUUAGAGUUAAUGAGUUUCAUCUACCCUCGACUUGCUCAAUUGCUCUCAUUACUACUCCGCUAAAAGGUUCAAGAUUUUCAUGUGCGGAAGAACCAUUAAAAAGGUAUGAUACCUACAAUCAGUUGGACAACAAUCCGGAAGAGUGUAAAUUAAGUUUUGAACAUUUAUCAUGUCUCUAUCUGAAGUUUAAAUUGGGACCUCUAUCAUGGUACCCCCCUUCCUACCAACUAAUCUACGCCCCGGCAUGGAAGAAAAAUUAGGAAUGUCUUUUACUAUUAUUCCAAGGCCAUAACUGUAGCAAAUAACACGGCUUUUAAGAUCUAACUAAAAUGAGACUAAAAGAAAUGUGAGAAAAUGGGUCCGACCCGGUCAAGGUAAUUAAUGAGGCUAGGAUAGUGUAGUGCAUUGAGAUUUUAAACAAUUUAUGGUCAUUUCACAUCUAUUGUCGAUGUCAUCUGAAAAGUGAAGAAAAAUAGGGAAGCUUGUGAUUUAACUUCAGCUUUAUACCCUCCCUAAUCCUCUCUCUCUUGAGAGCAGGAGAUGAGAUUGUCGAGUGGCCAAAGAGCAAAGGAGUUGAGGGAUGGAAGCUGUGGAGCAGGGCAGCCGGAAUGGGAGUCUUGGACUGUGGGCGACGCCGCCGAUCCACAAUCAACAGUUAGCUGGGCAGACAUGGCGAGUAGUCGGGCUGCCAAGCUAACGCAGGCAGCGGACGUUACUACACGACACAAAUGGGGGUGGAAAGCAAGGGACGACCGUCAAGGCGAAUGGCGGACCGGUGGCGUCUCCGCGGCUUGCGGACUUCACAAAGAAGGAGAUGAAUAAUGCUUCUCUUUUUUGGGCUUCUCAAAUAAGUGUACGUUGUACGGCGGGAACAUGUUCGUUACUCAAUAUUUGCAGCUGAUUGAUAAAAAAAUUGUCCUCUCAUUCCUCUCAACUCCAUAUUUAUAUUGUCAACUAUACUUGAUAAGAGCCAAGUCAACUAUAAAUAUAUUCAUUCAUGCAUCUUUAUUAUCCCAUAGCUCCUCUAUAUCUUACUCUAUACGAUCAGCACAACUACUCAGCACAACAAUGGCCAUGCCAACCCAUUUCAAGAAAUGGUUUUCUAUGAUCAAGAGGUCAGAUAUGUGUGUACGUGUGUAUGAGUAUGUCUUGCGUAUAGUAAUUUUACAUCUUCACAAUGUUUAAGAUUCUUAAUUAGUUUAACUGUAUAAGAAUAUACAGAGUAAUAUGUAGUUUUUGUAUAAUCCAC